UCAACUUUGGUCGAGCCACCUAUGGAUGAGUGCGAGCAGCUGCGUUAUUGUUGGUAGCCGUAAUACCGUAGUAGUAGGUCGAGCGUCGAGCAUCGGCACAAACUUCAAACGUGCAUGCUAUUGUGCAACUUAGCAAUAUACGCUUCACGCCAGCAUUCGGACAAUGCGUGUCACAUCCCUGAUGUCGGCAGCGAUGCGAAACCAAGCGUCUCCCACCGUUGCACGGCCGCAUGACAUUCAAGUAAACGCCAUUUCCGGUAGCCGUGGCCCCGCCAAUGGCGAUCGGCUCGCCUGCAUGCGAAUCCGGUCCCGUGCUGUUGCCGCUGCACACCUGAAAGGGGCCGGCAGCGGCUCCCUAUACGAGCGGCAGCGGCAUGGGCUGCCAUCGCCCCCACCGCAGCAGCUGACGGGAGACACGCGUGGUGCUAUUGCGGGGGCUCACUGGGGUAGGGAGAACGAAAAUCAGCAGGUGGGGGACACCCUUGGCACUACCAGCAGCAAUGCCAGCAGCAGUAGCAGUAGCAGUAGCGCACUCCUCGCCUCUAGCUCCGCCUUUAGCCCCCCUCCGCCCGCCUCCGUCCCCGUCGCGACCUCCGCCUCCGCAAGCCAGCGACUGCAGCGACUGCUGGGCGAGACGAUCCGGCGCAGCAGCAGCAUCUGUAGCAGCAGUGGUGGAGCCGGCGGCGGGAUGCGGCCAACUGAGACGGAGGCGGGGGAGCAGGUGGCAGCAGCGGCGCUAGCAGAGUGUACUACACAGGUUGCAUUGGGGGCGGU